ACUGCUGGAGGCCAGUAGCCUCCUGAUUGACUAACUGGCUGCCUGAAAAAGAUGCAGAAAAGACAAGGGUACUGCAGCUAUUGCCGUGUGCGGUACCCUAGCCUGGAACAGCACUUGUUUAGUGCUCAGCACAGAAGCCUGACCAGACAGUGCAGACGCCGGACAAUUACCAAUAACACCCUGAUGGAACGCUUUUUGCAGGAUGUCCUACGACACCACCCAUACAAUUAUCAAGACAGUAGACCUGCACCAAAUGAGGCAGCAGCAGCAGCAGCAGCAACAGCAGCAGCAGCAGCAACAGCAGCAGCAGCAGCAGCAGCAGCAGAUCCUGGAUCACCUGAAGUGGUGAUUUUGGAUGACUCUGAUGAUGAUAUCAGUGCAGAGAGGAACUCCGAGGAUUCAGCAUCUGUCGAAGAGAUAGAUUGUAGACCUGGUACUUCUCAGGAACGCCCAGAGGCUGCUGUUAGACCAUCAGUUAUUCAAAAACUGGAACGGGGACAGCAGCAGUCCUUGGAAUUGGCUCAUAAAGUUGAGAGUGGUGUGAAAAAAGUUAAUUCAGUCGGUGUUGUUCAGGCUACAACUAGUGGAAAAAAGUUAGUGCGUCCCCCUGUGAUUUGUAAUGCUCCUGCCAGCUCUUUGCCUAGCGGCUCUUUCGAGAGACCAGUUGCGGCUAACAGUGUUCCUCGGUUAGUACUGGCAGUUGCUUCAGAUUCCUUUCCAGCUUGUGACACAGAGAAUCUUGAAAAAUACUUUGAUUCCCCAGAUCAGGGCCCUAGCAACCCAUCAUCUCACCCCAAAACUAAAGACCCAAAAAAGAAACUAAGUAUAAAUUUAGACAAAUUGCUUGCACAGAGAAAUCUCAGAGCUAAGGGUGCGUCUUUUUCCCCUGUCGUACGAGUCCGUGAGCUAACAGGUCCUGAGCUUUGUUCUGUAAGAGCUGAGUCUUCUUCUGAGUUAGAGGCAGGUACAGCAGGAAACCCAAAUGAGACUGACACACCACCAGAACAAGCACGCGAAGGUGCCAUUCCAAAGCGUCGUGAGGCAUUUCGUUCAAAUAUAGUUCAUCCCCAAGAAGAAACACAUUUGGUUCUUAACAAGUCAACACUUCUGAAGCAGAAGCGCUCAGUGAGUUCUGAAGAGAGGUUUGAUCAUAGGUCUCUUCAGGCAGUACCUGGUCCUUCCCAAGCUGCUGUACAUGACUUAAGUCUUUUGGAGGAGGAAGAAGAGGAGGAACAGGAAGAAGAGGAGGAACAGGAAGAAGAGGAGGAGCAGGAAGAGGAGGAGGAGGGAGUUGACCAAGAAGAUGUGAGCUAUGAAUCUAGAGGAUCUGACAUGAGUUUUGAUUGUGGGUCCUCUUGUCAGUCACUGAGUGCCCUAUCUGAACCGACCACCAGAGAAAUAGAUGUAUCAGAAGAAACACAUGCUGAUGCACAGCCUAGGAACGAAACACCCACUGUUUCUGGAGCAACUUCAGAUAAUGGUAGCAGUUCUCGUCAGGUGGCUACCACCCAUUCUCAAGUGAUUACACAGAACAUACAGCUCAUUAGUCUGGUUGAUGAAAGCUAUGAGUCUAGUGGCUCUGAAGUGAAUUUUGAUGGUGAUGACUCACUUCCAUCAACUAGUCACCGUCCCUCACAGCCUGUGGAAGUAGUAGUGCCCCUUCGUUUGGUUGAUAGGAGCUAUGGAAGUGGCAGCUCUGAACCAUGUGAGGAUUCUGGGUCCUCAGCUGAUGAGACUCCAGCAGCAGCAGGACAGCAAAAUCCUGUGAACAAUGCCCAUGCAAACCUGGUUGAUGAGAACUACGGGUCAAGUAGUUUCAGUUCUGACAGUGAUGCAGCUCUGGACCGUCCCCAUAUGCCUGUUCAAGAAAGAAGCCCGAGAGACAGAGCCGUCGAGCAGGAAAAUGAAGACCAACCAAGUAGUGCUGAAGCACGUCCUGACCGUGAUGGUUCUCUUGUGACAGUGGCUGAUGAAGCCCAGAGAGAGGCAGAAGAAAUAAAUCUUCCAAACCAGAAGAAUACCAGCCUUGGGGAUACGAACUGUGAGUCUCAUGGUCCUGACGUGGGUUUUCAUGCUGAUGCUCAAUUAGAGGCUGAUCAAUCUCCAGUAAAUCCUGAGGAAGUAGAUCUUGACCUAGAAAAUCAGAGUGUUCACUCUGGCAUUUCUAAUCUAAGUUUUGAUUCCCGUGCUUCUUAUCAGUCAGCUAAUGAUCAACCUCAAGGGGCUUGGGGUGAAGUAAAUCUUGAUGAGUUAAAUGUCGACAUGGAAGUUAAGAGCAGUGGGUGCUCCAGUUCUGAGUUGACAUUUGAUUCCGAUUCCCCUCUUCUGUCAGUUACUGAGCGGUCUCUGCUGGAUUUUGAAGGAAUAAACGAAGAUGACUUUAACCUGGAAGAUGAAAGCUGUGUGUCAAGUAGUUCUGACAUAACUUUUGAUUCUGAUAUUCCCAAUGACUCAGUAGCUGACCAACCUCAAGUAGCUGUUUAUGAGGAGGAACCUGUUGGUCUGGAAAAUAAGAGUAAUGAAUCUUGUGUUUCUGGAAUAACAUUUGAUUCUGAUAUUCCUCUUCAUUCAGGAAAUGAUCACCCUGAAGUAGCUGUUAAAGAAGUAAUCAUUCAGGAAGAAGAAAACGUUCACUUAAAAGGGAAGAAUGACAAUCCCAGUGGUUCUGAAAUUUGUUUGGAUUCUAAUGCCCCUCUUCAUUCAGUGACUAAUUCUGAUGUAGCUGUUAAAAAGAUAAAUCCCCCCAAAGAAGAGCAGGUACAUAUAGAACAAAUUGAACAAAAGGAAAGUGAACCUACUGAUUCUGAAUUACAUUUGGAUUCUAACUCUUUUAAUUCAAAGCCCGGAUGUUCUGAAGAUCCCAUUAUAUUACGUGUUUCUGAAACAAGAUUGGAUUCUCCUGUCCCCUUUCAGUCAGUUAUUCGCAGGUGUGAAGUAGUUGUCAAAAAUGUAUGUCUUCAAAAAGAAAAGCAUGCUGAAUUAACAAGUAAAAGCAUAGAAUCUCGUUCUGAAAUAAGUUCAGCUUCUACUGCUGCUCCUCCAGUGACGGAACCUUAUGUAGGUAAGAAAGCAAAGAGAAAGACAAAGCAUCUUGAGGAAGUCAACAGUGAUGACGAAUAUGGUGGCUGUCCACCAACUUUCAAUUCUGACGUUUUUCCUUGGUCAAUGACUGAAAAACCUCAACCAGUUGCUUUGAAAGAGGGCUAUGCUGACCCAAAAGAUGAAAGGACUGAGCUUAGAGGAAUGGAAGAAAAUCUGAAUACUGCUGGUUGUCUUGAUUCAGUCAUUAGUCAGCCUCAGUUAGCCUUGAAGGAAAACUGUGUCGAACUCACAGACACAGAUGGCAAACCCAGUGAUUCUAAAGCAAGUGUUGAUUCUACUGGUCAUUUUCAUUCACUGCCUAAACAAGAGUUUGAUGUGGUUACAGAAAUGAACGAGUGGAAAAAAGAGGCAAAGGUUCUUGAAAAGAAGAUCAGUGAGCUGAUUUAUUCAAAAAUAAUACAUGACUCUAAUGUUUCUUUUCGUUCUGCAAUGGAUCAACUUGAACUAGCUCUUAAACAAAUAACUCUUGAUGGUGAUGAUCAAGUGCCCUUGGAAGAUAACAGCCAAGAUGCGUGUUCUGAAACAAAUUUGGAUUCCAAUGUCUCAGCCCAGGCAGUAGUUGAACCACCUGAAGUAACUGUUUUGGAGCCUGAACAUGUUGAUCUGGAACGUAGGAAUAACGUGUCUUGUGAUUCUCAAGUAAGCGUUGAUUCUAAUGACUCUGUCCAGUUAGAGGCUGAUCAGAAUAGUGAAAGGGGUGAAAACAGAAGUCAGAAGAAUACAGAUGACAUGGAAGGUAAGAGGGAGGACGCACAGGGUUUUGGAAUUACAUGUGAUUCCAAUGUCCGCCAGCCAUUGGCUGGCCAAAUUGAAGUAGUUCAGGAGACUGACCAUUGGAAAGAUCAUGUUGAUUUGGAAGAUAAGAUUGUUGAAUCUAGUGACUCAAAAAUAAACUUUCAUUCUGAUGAACCACUUCAGGCUGUGACUAAUGCAACACAAGAGCCCGUUCAAGAAAUAAAUUUACUGAGGGGACAUGCUAGUCUGGAUGGUAAUGGCUGUGAGUCCUAUGGCUCUGGAAUAGUUCCUGUUUCGAAUGUCAUUUUUUGCUCAGUGAUUCAGAAACCACAACGUUUGCAAAAAGGGCAUGCCAGUUCGAAAGUAAAGAGCAGCAAUCCUUGUGGUCCUGAAGUGAGUGUUGAUUCCCGUGACGGUCCAGAAAUGAGUUUUGAUUCCAAUGAUCCUUGUCAAUCAGCAGCAGGCCAUCUUCAAAAACCUGUCAAGGAAAUAAACCUGAAGGAAGACCAUAUUUACCUAGAAGAUAAGAGCUACAAGCUAGUUGACUUUGAACCAACUUAUGAUUCUGAUGACCCUGUUCAGUUUGUGACAGAUCCAUCUGUGGAGGCUGUAUCUAUCAAAGAAGUAAACUUGCAAAAGGAGAAUCAUGAUGACCUAGAAAAUGAGAACUUCCAGCCAUGUUGUUCUGAAGUAGCAUAUAAUUCUGGUGUUCAUCUGCAGUCGGAAGUUGAGCCACCUCAAGUGGCUUGCAAGGAAGCAGACCUUGACAAAAGAGAGCUUGACGUAGAGGACAAGUGCAGUGUAUCGUGUGAGCCUGAAGUGGUGUAUGAUUCUGAUGUUUCUUUUCAGAUAGUAGUUAACCAGGUUCAGACAUCGGAUGGAGAAGCAGAUUCACCACAGGUGGUGUUUGUGGAUGUCGUGUCUAGUGAUAGUGAUUGUGACCGGGAAGUAAUUUCUGAUUCAAAUAUCCCUCUUCAGCCUGAAACCAUGCCACCUCAAAUGACUAUCAAAGAAACUAGUGAUGUAAACACAGAUUCUCUUGGUUCUGCAGCAAACGAAAAGUACUACUGUAAAUUCUGUGGUUGUGAUUAUGAAGCCUCUCAGUCAGUGACAAACCAAUCCAAGGAAAGUUUCAAAAUAAUAAACAGGAAGAAUGACUACAUUAUCCUAGGAGAUUCCACUUGUCCAUCUUGUGGUCAUGAACUCAAUUUCAAUGUUGAUCCCUCUGAUCAGCCCACUACCUGCCAGUUACAAGAGCCUGAUGCUAAUGUUAUUGACCCAGAAAAAAAGAACUAUGAAUCUAAGAGUUCUAAAAGAAAAUAUGAUUGGGAAGAUACUGCUCAGCCAAUGACUCGCCAACUACAGAAAACUGGAGAAGCCAUCAGUCUUCGGAAAGAUCCAAAACAUAGAUCCAAAAAAGAUCGGCCCUGGGGGUCCAGUAAUUUUACAGUUGACCGUGCUGCCUAUGCUGUGUCAGUGAUCCGCCAAACAGCUAUGAAGCGCAGCUUUUUGAAGAGGGCACAUACAGUUCUAAAAACCGCAAGUCCUAACUCCUAUGGAUCUGAGCUAAAUUUUCAAUAUGAUGCCUCACUUCAGUCUGACCCUGACCAACCUCAACCUAAGAGACCAGCCUCUCGUAAGAAAGUGACUUUUGACUUGAGAGUAACUAAGUAUGAGUAUCUACCAGACCCAGAAUACUCAGAAGGAGAAGAGGUUGCAGAGGGUGAUCCUAAGGAAUUAGUUCAUGAAGCCUCACCUCAGGUUCAGGGUUCUCCAUCAUCUGUUAGAAAAACAUGUUCUCAGGGGAGAGGAGGUGAUGUGAAAAUACACAUGCAGGGAUGUCAAAGUCGUUUCUACAGUUACUAUGAUGGUGGCUCUGAGAACAAGAAAAUUGUUUUGAGGGAAGAAGAAAAGCCUACCUGCUCUGACCUUAAUCAGAACACCAAAUCAAUUCAAUGUGUUGGAGGUAAAGUUGGAGACACUGGUGACUUUUCAGUAGCCUUAGGAAAACCAUCUUGUUCCCCACCAGAGGGGCAUCAGCAACCUGGGCAGGGGACUUCUCAGAACCAGGUAGGAGGAGUAAGAGGUGGAACUCAAGCAAGUUCUGGGAAGAAGAGGAAAAUUACAGCACAACAAGGUGACUCACCAAAAAGGAAGUAUUUCCGCCAUGAUCGCCAGAAAAAAAAAAAAGCCCAAACGGGGACAACUGAGUUACCUGAACCACAAACCAAAGUUUUAGAACCUGUGCAGCCUGAUUCCUUGGUCUACAUUUUUUCCUCUCUAAGCAUGAAGGAAGAUCAGUCUUUGAACCCACCUAAGAAAAAGCCUGGCAGUGACAGGGACUUACGAGGCGCAUACAGCUGUAAAAAGCACACCUCUUCUGGCCCUCGAAGGAAGAGAACUGUCGUUAAUCCUCCACAGAAUCUAAGAGUACCAGACGUUGGCAGAUGUGAGGUAGUUGGCCUUGAUCUUAAUAGGCGUGACCCAAGGUCCAAUGCAGGAGAAAAUGGUGCCAACAGACAAAACCUGGCUUCAACAUCUUUUAUGACAACGCCAAAAAGAUCUGUGUUAAGAUUCCACAGGACCAGUCAAUCGUCAUUUCUAAAAAAAUCAGAAGAUGUGGGUGCUACUCAAGUUCCAAAGGAUAAUUUCCAGCAGACUCUUGUAAAUCGUGAUGGUGCCAAAAAAUUUCGCAGAUCAGUUAGAAAGGAAGUUUUUGAAAAUAAAAAUCAAAGGAAAUUUUGGAAAAAGAAGAUGGUGGCUGCAAACAAAUCAUGCCUCAUCAAAAAUGCUUAUGAAACAGCGGUUCUCCAGAAAAAAUCAAGACUAGCUUCAGAAAAGUUGGCUCUUUGGAUUCAGCUGAAAGCGACUGACAUCACCAGGAAGUAUGUCUCUAAAUGCCAUGAUGUCGUGCGCAGGAGGCAUCAAUCAAAGACCGUUCUUAUAAGAAUGCAACUGAGGAAGAAGAAAAUAGUUGCUAGGAAGAUAAAGGAAGCCAAGAGAGCAGCUGAAGCGCUCAGGCUCGAGAGUCGCACAGUUCUCCCAGCGGUUCUCCCAGCGGUUCUCCCAGCGGUUCUCCCAGCGGUUCUCCCAGCGGUUCUCCCAGCCGGUGCUGAAAAGCAGCAGUUAAGCACACCUGCAGUGCCUGCAGAGCUGCCUGCCCUGCCUGCCCAUCUUUCCGAUGCUGGAGGAGUAAAGCGCUACCGGAAAACUUACUACCGCAAAAGGAAGAGACUCCUUCCUGUGAGAGAAUAUGACCUCAGAAGCUUGAGUUCCACACCAAAUACAGACCGGAUGGUGACGCGGCUUGCAAGCAAGUCGAAAAGUAAUGAGGCAAAAUAAAAGUACUUGUUGUAGCAGACGGAGACAUCAGUCCUUCACUUGGAUGAAACACAUUUGAGACUUGAAUGCACAUACUUUUCUCAGCUUUGGUGGGGAAACUGACCUUACACUAUUUUGCUACAGAUAUUAUUUUUCAGAGAUUUUAUAUUCAUUUAAAAUUAGUGUUUAGGGUCCUUUUUUUUUUCUUUUAAAGAUUUAAAAGCAAACUUUGUCCCAUUUCUGUAAAAGAGCUUCAUCUUAAUUUGUCUUAUAAUUUAGCAUACUAUAUAGAAUUUUGUCCCUUAAAUCAUGUCCUCUGAAACUCUUUUGUGCCAAAAAGUUAUAACACUGGGAGAAUGAACUUAAUAAGCUUAUUAAUACCAUUUUUUAAACAAUUGGGACAGAUACCUAUUUACUUAGUUACCACACUUCCGAGUUGAAUAGCCAGUAAGUAUUCUAACUGGAUAAAUAAAAAGAGAGACAUUGUGCUGUCUUGGUUUCAAAUAUCUCAGUUUUGUGAUCAAAUAUCACAAAAAUACAAUUUCUUAUUCUUUUAAAGGCAUUCCAUAAAAUAAUAUUUAAUCUAAUUUUCUGAAAGCACCUGGUGAAAGACAAAUUCUUUUUCCUUUAAAUUGGAUCUGCAAGUCUGUAGCACUCCUCAUGUGGAUACAUACCCACAAAUCUUUUUGUUAAUAUUAAAUCUUACGUGGAAAAGAUUUUGCAAAUGUGGUAAAGCUUUUAAGCUACUUUUUCUCCCUUUACUACUAAUCUAAAAUGAAAUCCAGGUAAUUUUAUCAUCUUAUUAAUAUUUUAGAUAACAUUUUAAAAUGUUGAGUUGAAAUUAUUGGUUUGAUAUUAGCAUGUGGUCUGGCCACUAAUUGUCAUUAGUGAAAAACUUUACAUUUCGGAAAAAUUAGGUUCAACUAAUAACCUAACUAAAGACCCACUUUACAAGUGAAAAACAGUUUAUACAUCACUUUAUCUUAAACUAUCUAAUUAUCUUAAACUAGCUAGAUAGUUCAAGGUUAAACCAAUGUGACAUUUUAUCUUAAACUACCUAAUUGAGUUUAACAGUUGAGAUAAAGAUGCUUGGAUACACAGUGUGAACCUCUGUGGUACUUGAGUAUAUUCCUUUAAGGGUCAUUGACUGAGUUGGUGCAGACGCAUCCCCUUUUCUUGUUCAGUCAAGACCUGGAUCUUUUUCUGUCAUUGAUGUUAUGAGGAAACACAAAGUUUCCCUUUAUUGUGUAACUACUAUAUUUUAUUGAAACUAGAGUCAGUGUUAAGAUGUGUCUUGAUUUCAGAGAUUAAACUGUGUUACCUUAGAAUUAAUGAAAUACCAUGUGGUUUUGUUUCAGGGGCCAUUACUUAACCUGUGAGUCGUUAAUGGUGAUAACUAUUGUCAUCUCUGUACUUCUAAAUAUAAGUGGUAAUUAUAUUGCAGAGUGGACAAAUGUGCUUUUUAGUUGGCAAGUAUCGUGUUUAAGUUUUUCAACCUUGCCUCUUUAUAUUACAAGCAUUUUAAUUUCUUUAAAAAAUUCUCAAUGGGCUUCUAGUUUUUUUUUUAAAAACUCAUAUUUUAAUUAAGGAAGAAAACUUUCCCUUACACUGAUUAUGAAGUAAACAUGAAAAAGUAUUCUUUGCAGGUAUCAAUGUCUUCUGCAGUUCCCAGACACCAUUAAUAAACACUCUUAUAAUGUAGGUUAAAAGUGAGAGUUUAUACCUAAAACCUGCCAGAUUUUAUCUAUUGUAAUCAUGUCCUGAAAUGAAGAUGAUUUCUAUAAUUCAAAAUGAUCAAAAUUUAAAGUUAAAAAAUUUGCAAUUUGGAAACUUGUCUAAGGACUUUUUAAAGGGAGAGCUAGGAAAAAAUUAAUAAGUAAAAUUCACAUCACCAAAAAUAUAAAAAUGUCUGGUACAGAAAUAAUGGUUUUGUUUAGCAUUUUGCAAAUAUUUACUAACUUCUUGUAAGAAUUAUUAUUUUAGACAAGAUUGGAGACUUAAAAUUGUAAAACUUGCAUUAAAUUAGAAGUGAAUUAUUUCAGAAUUUGAUAGAGUAUAAGAUGUGCCCCUUUGUCUACAUAAAUGUUGAAUUAAUUUUCAGGCUAGGUUGAAACAAUUGGUUAUUUUGUGUAGUCAAGAGUGCAUUCUUUUAAUAGUAAUACAUCAAAUUACAACCAUAUCAUUUCAUUAAUCUUGUCCCUUUUAGCAUCUUAAAUAGAUAUUUAUUGUAAUUGUCCUGGUGUAUACAGUGUGUGGACAAUAUUGUGAAGAGUGGCUUUUUUUUUUUGGUUGUGCAUUUUAAAUUAUUUAUGUAACUAGGGCUCUGAGUAACACUUUUUUUUUUGCUUAAAGAAAAGCUAUAUUUAAAUAUUCAAAUAAUUAUAUAUUUCCAUGUAAAAGUAAUGUGAAGACCGAUGUAUUUUUUAUAAUGCAGUUUAAAGUGUAAACUUGUUUUGAUGUUAUCAAGAUAAAUUUAUUAAAUAUUGAAAUUUGUGUGUACUCUCUCCUAAUGUUAGAACCUUUUUCUGGAAAUACUUAAAAAGAAUCAGAGAGUAAUCAAGGCUGAAGUAACUCUGUAAAAGGCCUGACCUGAGAGAUGAUAAAUAAGAGAAUGCAAAUGUUGAUGCUGGCGAGAAAAUAGUUUAACCAAAGAUACCUAGGUUGUACUCAAAUCAGUAAUUAUUUCAAAAGAUUAAACAACCACUAAUUUGCCUGGUGGAGCAAUGGGGCAGCUGUUUGACUGGCACACCUGCACUGAGAGGAUUGAGUUCAGGAGGCAGGAUCCAUACCAUCUGACGCCCUCUGGGAAAUGAACAAUCCCAAGCCUUCCAUCUACCUCCCUGUCUUCUAGUGCCACAGCAUCUGAUGGUGACGACAGGAUGACAUGGAAGAGUACCUGAGAGAACAGUGACAUAGGUGCUUCUGACCCUAGAAUGACUGACUUAGAACCCUUGUUGGUCAGGGAUGUUAGAGUGAGAAUUAUCUUACUAUUUACAAUGAGAAGUUACUACUUUUUAGAAAAGGACCUUUAUGUUUAGAAACAUGGAAUUUUAGAAUUAUACACCAAAAUGCCAACUCAAGUAAAUUCAAAGUGAGGUGACAUAGCAUUUUUUCAUCUCUUACUCAAAUGUACUCAAAUAUUGAGGGAAAAUUAUUUAAACAUUUCCCUUUCUUCUACUUCAUAUAUGUAAAGUUCUAAGUAUUUUAGGCAAUGGGCUUAAGUUUUCAAAAUUAUUUGCUUUGAAUAAGGAUUGAAUUCAGGCUAAAGUACAGUUUGUUGCUGGAUCUUUAUAUUCUAGGUUUAUUUAUUUUAAUGACUUUUAAACCUGGAAAGCAGUUUACUUCCCAGAUUUUUUAUUCCCAGAUUUAGUGUAUGUACAUAUGGAGGCCGUCUUGAGUGCAUCGCAGCGUCCCAAACUUUAAGUGAAUCAUGUCCCUUGGUCUUUGUACUCGGGAGCCUUGUUGUUUGGAUGCUAUAGUGAUCACUAGGAAGGGAGAAAAUGGAGGCAUAGAGUAGUUAAUCCCCCCACCCCCAUCCCAGUUAUAGGCCAUCCUCUAGUUUGUCAUAGUCAUCUUCUCUGUUUACUUCAUAUAAGCAGUACCUUUGUUAGUCAUUUUUUUCUGUUUGUUUUUCUUUUUCUGUUUUCUUUUUGCCUUGUUUCAUUUAUCGUGAUUAGUUUUUUUGUUGUUUGGUUGAUUUUGAGAGUCUCCUUUGUUAUGUGUUAUAGCAUGCUGAGCAUUUUGGGUUUUUAAAUUACUUUUUAGCAUUUAGUUUUAAACAUACUUAAAUUUAAUUUUUUUAUAUUUGUGCCUCUGAGAGUUGAAUCCAGAGCCUUGUGCUUGUGAAUCAAGUGCUCUGCUGCAUUGUACCUCCAGCUCUCAGUCUUCAGUGACACCAGUACCAGAGCCUUUCUCUCCAGACAGCAGAUAGGAAAGCCAGCAGCUGGGAGGCUAGCUUUGUUCCCUUCAGGGCUCUUAUUUAUUAUCUGAUUCUUCGUCAGAUCCAAGACUAGACAGCAGAGUUGCCUUUUGGAGUGUUCCUGUAGUUCACUUGAGUGUUGCAUGCUCUUGUGACCUUUGACUCCCCUUUCCCUGCCCAUCAUGCCACUCUUCCCUGUGCUCAGUCAGUUCUCAUUUUCACCAUCAACACAUCACCUCAUGCUCUCAAUCCUUUCACGAUGGAGUGCUUGCAGGUAACUGAUAUUUGAGAAUGAGAACCAACAAAUUGCUGGUUUUAAAUCUAGUUGUGCCACAGCCAGGAAGUAUGUUGGCAGCCUCUUGGUUAGGUUGUUCUCCUGCAUAUUUAAAUACUUACUGUCAAAAUCAGGACGUUGGCAUUGACCUCGUCUCUCUACUCUGCAGACCUUAGUCAAAUUUUGAAAAUUAUCCCCAAAUCCCCUUUGCAGGUCUGGGAUUUGACCCACAAUUAUGGACUUCAUGGAUACUUUGUUAGUUUCCUCAGUGUGGAGCAGUUUCUCGCCUGUCUGUACCUGGUAGCAUGGCAUUUUGAAGGUACUGGUUUAUUUGUAGAAUAUCCUUGAGUUUGAGCUUGUCUGGUGUUUCUUUGUAAUCUAUGCAUUUUUGGAAUUCUGUGUUUUCAGUGUGUAUUAACAGAAGCCAUGUGAUGUCAGUUUGAAUAAAUGUGGUGAUAAAAUAUUA